CCCCUCGCUGAGUGACAGCCCACGGUCGCUGCUCCGCGGCUCCGCGGCUCAGCAGCUCUCACUCCGCGGCCACAGCUCCUCAGCCGAGCCGGGGUGUGUGUGUGUGUGUGUGUGUGCCGGGGGAGAGGACACCGAGACACCGGGGGGACGGAGCCUGAGACACCGGGACCCGCUCUGUGCUGCACCAUGUGCGGGGAACGGGACUGAAGCGCCCGGGACGGCGGGAGAAGCAGCGGAGAGGAGGAGGGAGCUCCGCAGCCAGCCACGCCGCAUGUGCUCGCCCGUGGUCGGCUUGGGAAACUUGCAGAGCCCGGUCCACCGGAGGAGAAGAAAACAAGAUAAAACAAACAAGAGGGAAACUAACACAAUCUGCUGCGGUUUCACACCCUUUGCACCGGGUUCGAGCUCCGGGGUUCGAGCUCCGGGACCCAGCAGCAGCAACACGCCGACCCCUGCCUCCUCUCACAUGCCUGCGUUGAUGUGUGGGAGCCGGGCAGCGGAGCGGAGCCGGGGGGGGGUUUGAGUCACAACUUCCACAGGAGACCCCCGAGACACGUUGAGGACAGGAAAAAAGUUAGUUGCUAGGCUGGAAGUGAAGGAGAGGGUGGUCAUGGAGGGACACGGGACCGAGGAGGACCACCAGCAGCAGCAGGACCACCACCACCACCAGCAGACUCCGACUCCUCCACCGGAGCAUCAGACUCCUCCACCGGAGCAGCAGCAGCAGCAGCCGGCUCCUCCUCCGCUGCAGAGCUGCCUGGAGGACGUGCGGAGGAGCGGCUACCUCCGCAAGCAGAAGUCCAUGCACCGGCGCUACUUCGUGCUCCGAUCCGCCUCGGAGCGAGGGCCGGCCCGCCUGGAGUACUACGAGAGCGAGAAGAAGUUCCGCGGCAAGGCCCCGGUGCCCAAGCGGGCCGUGGCGCUGGAGACGUGCUUCAACAUCAACAAGCGGGCGGACGCCAAGCACCGGCACAUGAUCGUGCUGUACACCCGGGCCGAGAGCUUCGCCGUGGCCGCGGAGAACGAGUCGGACCAGGACGAGUGGUACCAGGCCAUGGUGGAGCUGCAGUGCAAGAGUAAGAACCUCUCCGACUGUGCGGCAGCGGGUGACUACGGCGUGCCCAAUCCUGGGCCUGCAUUCAAGGAGGUUUGGCAGGUGAAGGUGUGGCCCAAAGGCCUGGGUCAGGCCAAGAACUUGGUGGGCAUCUACCGCCUUUGCCUGACCGACAAGACUGUCAACUUUGUCAAGCUCAACUCUGAUGCUGCUGCCGUGGUGCUGCAGCUCAUGAACGUCAGGCGCUGCGGCCAUUCAGAAAACUUCUUCUUUGUGGAGGUGGGACGCUCCGCCGUGACAGGCCCGGGCGAGUUCUGGAUGCAGGUGGAUGAUUCGGUGGUCGCCCAGAACAUGCAUGAAACUUUGCUCGAGGCGAUGAAGGCACUGAGCGAGGAGUUCCGCCAACGCAGCAAAUCUCAGUCAAACUCCGGCCCUGGAGGAGGUGCCACUGCUUCAAACCCCAUCAGUGUACCCUCACGCCGCCACCACCCAAACCCUCCUCCCAGCCAAGUGGGCUUCACCCGCCGGCCCCGAACUGAGCCCCCUGGAGGCGCUCACUGUGGAGCAGGAGGCAGCAGUGCCAACGCUUCUCCAACCCCACGGGAUAUCUUCCCCAGGUCUCGCACUGCCAGUGAUUGCGGGAAAGGGGAGGAUGGGAUAACUGGGACCACACCGCUCCAGGGACCGAGCUCCAGUCCCUCCCUCAAUGGCUCCUGCUCUACCACCCCGAUCCUCAGGUCCAAGUCAGCCCGUUCAGUCCCCACCUCAGCUGCUAAAACUCCUCUUGGGCUGAUGCGCUCCAUCUCCACCCCAGCGCCGUCCCCAGCCCAAAGCCUCUCAUCUAGCUCUGGGCAUGGCUCUGACUUUGGAGGUGUAACAUCUCCUGCUCCUACUGGCCCGGGAUGUGGAGCCUAUAGCCGUGUUCCCAGCCAUCAUGCCUCCGUCUCUGGCUCACCCAGUGACUAUGGCUCCUCAGAUGAAUAUGGCUCUAGUCCUAGCGAUCACACGCUCCUUACCUCCCCAAGCCUCCCUGGAAGCUCUGUUGGUAGCGUCAUCAGCCAGGGAUUGGCUGAUGACGGUGAUGAGGGAGCCAACUACAUCCUGAUGGGCCAACGUGGUGGUGGGGGCAGUGGUAGCAACAGCAAUCAAGGGAGCUUGACGUCCAGUUCCGUGCCAGCACCAGGAACACCACCCUGUGGCUCCCAGGCCCACACCAGGAGAGUGCUGCGUCGCUCGUCAAGUCGUGAAUGUGAAGCUGAACGUAGGCUGCUGAGUAAACGGGCUUCCUUACCUCCUAUGGCUCUGGAGAGGCUGGCCCCACAUCAGCGUAGAGCUGAGGAACCAGCAGAUGAAGAUUCAGCCGAUUAUGCCAUCAUGUCGAGGAGCACCAGCCGUGAGUCCUUCGUUUCCCCCUCCUCCUCCACACAGAGGGAAUCUGUCAUUGGGGCUGGUUCAGCAGGGGGAGGAGGAUACUUGGAUGUGGCCGAGUUCAAAAGUGAAGUGAGUGGAGGAGCAGGUGGAGGAGUAGAUAUAGUUGUAGACAAUGGGUAUAUGUCCAUGCUACCUGGUGUCAGUCAGACUCCAGAAUCCCAGUCUCUGGCUGUCUCUGUCCCAGACUCAGAUUCUAAACCUGCUGAUGAUUACAUGGCUAUGACCCCUAACAACAGUGUGUCCCCUCCACAGCCAAUCCGGCCUCCACCAGCUUCUGACGGCUAUAUGAUAAUGUCCCCGAACAGCAGCUGCUCACCUGACCAGCGUGGUGGUCUCGCUGGAGGAGCUUGGAUGGGCAGUGGCAGUGCAGACAGCAGGGCAGGCAGUGACUACAUGAACAUGUCUCCUAUCAGCGCUCGUUCUGUAAAUGGCAGCCCCCCACCCCCUGAACACCCUGCUCAUUUGGAGACCAGUUCUCAACAACAAGCCCCCAAGAUGGUUUAUUCCUACUAUUCGCUUCCCCGGUCGUACAAACAUAACCCCUCUGCUGGACACUUUGACGAUGGACGAGGCAGAAGGCCCAAUGGGACUUGUAGUAGGGGAAUGAGUGGAGGUAGGCCGAUGGGAGUGCGUCAGGAGCCUGCAGCAUCAGGUAACUCAGCGGUGGGACGCCACCUGUCACUCUCAUCUUCCUCAUACUCCUCCAGCUCAGCUAGCAGCGAGAGCCUUGGGGAGAGCGAGGAGAGAGCUGCCCAGUCAGUGGCCGGGGGAACUCAGUCCAAAGAUGGAAUUAAGCUCCAGCAGAGACGGGGCUCCAGCGGGUUGUCCAAGCAGGGUAACCACACUAGAAACAGACCAGUGAGUCUGUUUGUGGAUGUUUCUAAAGCUAAUACCCUUCCUAGAGUCCGUGAGAAUCCCUUGCCCCCAGAACCGAAGAGCCCUGGAGAGUAUGUAAGCAUCGAGUUUAAGGGGGAGAGGUGUGGCCAGACUGGGGUUGGAGGAGGACGUGGCCGGGGUCUCAGGCAUGGCUUAUCACUGCCUCACUGCUCAAGCAGCCAGAGUCCUCAUCACAGGACAACUUCUUGCCUAGGGAACUAUGUCCCGCUCUCCCGCAGCCCCUCUGCUCCCAUCACUCCCCCUGCUGCCUCUGAAUAUGUCAACAUGGACUUGGGCCCUUCUCCGUCCCCCUCACCCCUCUCUCUUAACCCAAUCGUUUUCCCAUCUUUCCACACCCCUCCCACGCCUCCCACUCUUGCUCAUGCGCCCAAAUCUUGUGAGGAGGGUCCUAAUGUCCCUCGUGAAGAGAGAGCCAAAGUAGCCGAGGCCCCACUUAGGAAGAGCAGAGAAAGUGCUUCCUCAGUGUCUGAGUCCGUGUCCCCUAUAUCCUGUGGAGACUACACAGAGAUGGUCUUCUCCUUAAAUAGCAACAUUGUCCCUAGGUCCUCAUCCAGUGUCUCUCCCAAAGCCCCUUCCCCGGUCAGGACUGAUCCUUCUGUUCCAGUUCUGUCCCGGGGGCUAGAAUUCUCCCUCGCUAAACCUGGACUCAAUCCGGACCACGGGGCUAAAGUCAUCCGUGCCGACCCCGGAGGACGCCGACGUCAUUGCUCGGAAACCUUCCUGGCCGCGCCUUCCCUCCCCACCUCCACCUCCACUUCCUCUUCGUCCACUGCCUCCCUCUUUCCAGAACACACCCAGGCUGUGGCUCGUCGGCUGGGCUUUGAAGGCGUGCUGUGGGGGAACGGUGCUGCGAAUGACACCCCCACUCAGUGCCCCCUCCCCGGACAACAGCCCCUUCCCACAAACACUUCAUCCACAGAGCAAGGUCUUAACUAUAUUGACUUGGACUUGGUCAACAAAGAGAGCCCCCAUUUGGGCCUGGAUGGACCCUCAGGUAGCCAGGCCCCUUCUCGCCUCUUCUCCGUGCUGGGUGUAGGUUCUGGGAUCGGGGGGGUGGGCGCUGCAGUCGGCGGCAGCGGCAGCUCCAGCCUCAACACGUAUGCCAGCAUUGACUUCUACAAAUCAGAGGAGCUGCGGACACAUCAGAAUGGAAACAAGGAGGGAACAGAGUGCUGAUGUCGGUGCGUCGUCCUUGGGGGGGAAACAAUCUGGUACCACUCACUUCGAAGCCACGCCCCGAUCCUAUCCGUGUACCCAAUUGCAUCAAAGGAGCAACUGGAUCGGACACGCCCCCCCCGAAGAAGCACUUUGACAGAGACCGACGGAAAAGGGUCUUUUUUUUCUCUUCGCUUUCAUCUGGUUGCUUACGGAAACCAGCGGAGACGUGUGCCAAAUGACAUUCUUGAAAAAGAUUCUUGCUGCUCUCAUUCGCUGAGUGAAAGCCAAUCAGAGAAAGGUACAAAAAAUGGAGAAAACAUCCAAUCGUAAAGAGUGCAAAGGUGGCUGAUUAUCAUGUGUAUGAGAAAGAAAAUAUAUAUAUAGAACUAUUUACAGUAACUGCUAAAGAAAAAGUGCCUCAUUUUCAGACUGUAGCUGUUUUGCAGAGAACUUUCAACUUAGCCUUGACUAAGUUCAACUUUGGGUUCUUUCUUUGUGCUUAAUUUGAUGUAGUUUCCAAAAAUAUGCAGAGGAACAUAUUGAAAAAAAGUGAAUCGCACUUAAUGCCGCGUUAAUGUCAUAUCAAAUCCAUGGUACGUUGUCAAUAUAAACACUAUCCGUUAAAUUUGGGGCACCGUGAAUGAAGGGCUUUGGCUGAAUUUA